AUGGCCACCCCAUCCCGCGUCCAGCUCUCCCUCACCGAGCAUCCCGAGUUCUACCUGCCCGGUAUCACGGCCGAGUCCGCGAAGAAAGCCUCCGAGCUUCUGCAGGAGAACCACGAGCAGCACCACAUCUUUUUCAACAAGGACGGCUUCCACAACCACAUCGCGCACCACCUGCUUACCAUCUACGCGCUCGCCGCGCCGCCGCAUAUCAUCCAGUAUCAAUAUGACCACAACAAGUCUUACCAACGCCCGGCUGUGUCGCUCGAGGAUUCGGUCAUGCAGGACAUGCGGGAUCCUGAGAAGUUCAAUAAGUACCUUGGAGACGAGAAAUACUACCAUGACUUCCUGAUCUUCUUCCAAGACGAGAUGGAGAGCAAGGGCUGGGAGAAUGUGCUGAACGAAUACCUGUUCAAGGGCGACGAGAGGGCAGACGAUAUGCUCGUCAGGAUGUUCGCUGGCUUCCUACACCCAAUAAUACAUCUCGGCUUCGGAGUCGAGUUCCACCAGCCCGCCAUCAUCGCCGAAGCGCUCGCUCAAGCCGCCAUACACAGCGACUGGAUGAAGCCCUUUCUCAUUGGCGCCGAGAAAGCCGCCAAGGAGAACAACGUCACGCAAUCCAAGACACUCGUCGAGCUCCUCGAUGCAAUCAAAGCGGACGAGAAAGUCGCCAAAGCGCCGCGCUGGGACGACGGCAACAAGCUGCGCGAUGGCAUCGUCAAACGCGUACCAGAAGAGAUGAUCAAGUACGCGAGUCAGUACGUCGUGCACCCUGAAGAGCUUGAAGAGAAGACUGCCGAGAUGACCAAUGCUGCCAUCUACUACACCGGCGCAGCCCAACACCCACCCCACCAAAUCAAAUUCGACUUCUACUACAUGCACUGCACCAACAGCAGCAUUUUCUUCUCCGCCUUCCUCUCCGCACCCUGGCUCUCCACCGCCUCCAAACGCCGUCUCCUAGAAUGGAAAGGCAGGAACGACCUCGCCAUGUACGCCUCCCGCCGCGCCCCAGACCUCCUGCUCGACGAGAUCACAAACUACAAACCCAAGGAGCCAACAGCCGACAAGACGGAUCCGUGGGGUCCGAUUUUUGAGCGCGUGGGCCGCCACGAGGAUGAUGGACAUGCGGCGAAGUUGGUCAGAGCGCUGGCGCAUGGACAGGUGAUUAGCGCGCCGUAUGAGGAGAAGGAUGGCUUUAGGAUCAAGGGCGGGAUGUGGUUGCAGUUGGGGCACAUGGCGAUUGACUCUGUAGAGGCGGGGGAGCCGCAUUGGGUCAGGAGCGCGGGGUUUGAGGAGGCCUGGGAGAAGAUUCCGGAGAGGCCGAGGUUGUAG